AUGACCACCACGAUCCCAAAGACAAGUUAUGGACAUCCACCACCGAUCUUACUAACAUUGACCAUAAUACCAAUAUCACUCUCGUUAAUUCUCAACCCGUUAUUACCUUUAAUCCUUCCUCGAUCUACAUCUAUAUCUACAACAACAUCAAAAUCUAUAUCUACUUUUCUGCCUCUAUCGCUGUACGAAGAAAGUAGGUUUCCAGCAUUACAAGCGAACGUCGGAUUCGCUUUAUUGGCGUUUGUGGGUGGGGUUUGGAUAGUACCUAGAGUGAGCGAAGCGUUUAUUGAAAAAGGUUUAAAAGGUAGAGAUCUGUUAAAACCUGGUGGAAGAUCAAAUGGUCCGUGGAUCCCAGAAUGCCUAGGUCUUCCUUGCGCAAGUUGGUAUCUUGGAUUGAUGAUGUUAUUCAUUCCAUUCCCAUUCUCACAUUUAUUCAAAUCGAAAUCAUUGUUAGGAGAUGUCGGUCGUCCAGAAUCAUUCCCCCAUAACGAGCUCACAUUGUACUUAUCUUCAUUACUCUCUCUCCUUACUGCUACUUUACUCGGAUUCAUAGAUGAUUUAUUCGAUAUUAGAUGGAGACAUAAAUUACCUAUUCCAAUAGUAGCUGCCGUACCUACCUUAUUAGUAUAUUACUCUGUUGGAGGUGCGACAAGUGUGGUUUUACCUAAAGCUGUCGGAGGUUGGUUGGGUGGUAUUGGUUUAGGAAGGUUUAUGGAUGGUAAUGUCGUUGAUUUAGGCCCGAUAUACUACCUAUACUUGAUACUCUUACCGACAUUCACAACGAAUUCAAUAAACAUCUUAGCAGGUAUCAAUGGAGUGGAAGUAUUACAAGCGUUGAUCAUAUCAUUAUCAGUCUUACUAAACGAUCUAUUGUUCUUACCUAUCUGGCCGGAAUCUCUGUUGGUUUGGAUGAAAAUAUCGAAUCCCCAACAAGGUAGAAUAUUGGAUUGGGCAAUUGGAGAAGUCGUUGAUAGGCAUUUGAUGAGUUUUUACUUUAUGGCUCCUUUAUCUGGAGUUUGUCUGGGUUUCUUAUGGCAUAAUUGGUACCCCGCAAAAGCUUUCCCAGGUGAUACCUUUUGUUAUUUCACCGGAAUGGCAUUUUCAGCAGUUGCUAUUCAAGGUCAUUUCUCAAAAACGUUAAUAUUAUUCUUCAUUCCUCAAAUAUUCAAUUUCAUCUUAAGUUGUCCCCAAUUAUUCGGUUUAGUAGAUUGUCCAAGGCAUAGAUUGCCUUCAUACGAUGAUAGAUCAGGAUUACUCAAUCCAUCAAGAGUGAUAUUCGAACUACCUCCCCCUAGAAAAACUGUGAUAGUCUUGGAAAUACUUUCAUUCUUAAAAUUAGUCAAACUUGAGAGACUCCCACCUAUCAACGAAUCCUCAAAGGGAUAUAUCAAAUCGUCGACUAAUUUAACUAUAAUCAAUUUCCUAUUAGUUCAUUUCGGUCCUAUGAGGGAAGAUAAAUUAUGCAUCUUAGUUGGAAUCGUUCAAGUUUCAGGGAGUAUAAUAGCAUUUGCAAUAAGGUAUGGUGUAGGAAGUUGGUUUUAUGGUGGUGAUAGGAGGUAA